AUGAUUAAACGACCAGGAAAUACACGGUGGGGAUCACACUACAUCACUUUGGUGAGAUGUAUUUCAAUGUUCUCAUCAAUUUGUGAGGUACUUGGGAUAAUCAUAGACGAUGGAUCAAAUUCUGAACAAAAAUAUGAAGCAAAGGUUCUAAUGAAUUCAAUCCAAUCAUUUGACUUCGUUUUUCAUGUGCAUCUUAUGAAAACUAUCUUGAGAAUCACAAAUGAUUUAUCUCAAGUACUACGGAGAAAAGAUCAGGAUAUUGUGAAUGCAAUGAAUUUGGUCAAGAUUUGUAAAGUAAGAUUACAGUCAGUGAGAGAGUCAGGAUGGCAAUCAUUGUUGGAUGAAGUUUCAAGUUUUUGUAAUAAGCAUGGGACUCUAAUGCUUAAAAUGGAUGAUGCAUUUUUAAUUCGAGGGAGGCAAAGACGAAAUUCUCAAGAAGUCACAAAUAUAUAUCAUUAUCGUGUUGAGAUUUUUUAUGCAAUUAUUGACAUGCAACUUCAAGAGUUAAAUAAUCGUUUCACUGAGAAAAGCACCGAGUUGCUUCUUUGUGUGGCAUGUCUCAAUCCAAGCAACUCAUUUACUGCUUUUGACAGACAAAAGCUUAUUUGCAUUGCACAAUUUUAUCCUAGAGAUUUUUCAACUACGAAGCUUCUUAUUCUUGAAGAUCAGCUUCAAAAUUAUAUCAUUGAUGUGUGUUCAGAUAAUAUGUUUAUUGGGUUAACAGGUAUUGGUGAUCUUUCUCAAAAAAUGGUGAUAACAGCUAAAGAUAAAGUUUACCCAUUAGUCUAUCGGUUACUUACCUUAGCAUUGAUCUUACCAGUUACAACGCCUACCGUGGAGAGGACAUUUUCUGCUAUGAGCAUUAUAAAGACUCAGUUGCGUAAUCGAAUGGAAGACCAAUGGAUGAAUGAUUGA